UCGAUGCCCUGCGUGGCCACCGAGCCUCCCUCCAGCCCAGCACCGAGAGCUGUGCAUGCUGCAGCCCCAGACCCUCUGGGUUCAGGCCUGUUUAUUGCCACCAGGGCUUAGGAUAAGCUGCGUCCUCAGCCAGGAUGGGGUUAAGAGCGGAAUGUGGCGCUCUGCUGGUCCGCGGGACACUUGGCAGACCUCUGGACACAGAGCAUGUGUCCCGCAUCCGAGGACAGUUGGAAUGAGCAGCAUCUCUGUCAAACGAGCUGUUGUUGAUGGGUCUGUGCUGUCCUCCUGCCAGUCAUUCACGGAGGGAAAAGCACGGUCCAGCCUUGGUUUGUUUCCUGGUCUUUGAAAGGGAACAGCUUGGAGAUGGCACUGGCGCACAAUGGGAUCUCAGUUGAGGACAGCUAAACCAUAAUUUCUCCCGAAGUUAUGUAAUAGGCAGAGGGCAUAAAACGCUCUGUCUGUUCUGUAGGGGCAUGGUUCUGUGCGUGGCACAGGAGGGGAUGAGUGACCUUAACCCCAGCUGGGGAGCCCCAGGGACUGGGGCAGGUGUUUUUGUGGGCGGCGCAGUUUGGGGCAGGUUGGAGCUUGGCGGAGCUUCACGGCCGGGGAUUCCACAGCCCGGGGGAGGUGGCAUUCAGGAGGGUGCAGACCGGCUGUGGUGGCUGGCAGCACCCCAAAGGGGAAUGAGGGGACACGGAGGUGUGGCGGCAGCGGGGCUCGGGGAGGCUCCAGGCCUGCCCGGCUCAGGCCUGAGCCUGCCCGGGCCCUGCGGCACGGCCUGGCUGCUCCCGGGGCCUGGCUGCUCCCAUGCCUGGCUGCUCCUGGUUCCUGACCACGUCCUGGAGCCUCCCGUGGUCCACACGGGUGGCCCCACAAGGAGCAGGGUGGUGACACCAUCCCCAGUGUGUCCAUACGGGCCCUGCCUGCGGAGCGCCCUGGGAAGCUUGCUGCUCCCCUGGGCCGCCGCCAUGUCUCGGGGCUCCUCUGGUACCUCUGUGGAUGACAAGACCUUGCUCCUGGAGUACCGAUGCCACCCAGUGCGGGCAGAGCCCCCCAGCCCGACGUGUGGCGCUGGGAAGCGCAGCCCCACCACGGCUCCCAGUGCCACCCCGCUGUCACCGCUGGCCUCCCCCACCUCGGCCGAGCCCCGUCGCAUCGUCCUCAGCACGGACAGCCCUGCCGCGCUGAAGGUGGGAACGCAGCAGCUCAUCCCCAAAAGCUUGGCCAUCUCCUCCAAGCCCAAGAGCAGCCCCUCCCGGCACCAGAGCUUCGGGGCGAGCCGGGAACCCCUGAGCCCCGACCCGAAGCGAGCGGCCGUCCCCGUCCUGGCCCUGGAGGCGGAGGAUGAGGAUGAUGGCGGAGGGGCCCUCAAGCGCAACCUGAGGAACAUGUCCUACCGCGCGGCCAUGAAGGGGCUGGGGGCUGAGCUGGAGCCGGCCAAGGCCCCCCCCUCGCUGAAACCCGUGUCCGAGGAUGGCAGCGCCCCGCCCGACCGCAGCCCCGGCAGGAGCAAGAGAACCCUCGGGCGGAAGCGGGUGCAGAAGCGUGGUGGCUCGUUCAAGGACCAGCCCCGGCUGUAUCAGGAGAUCCGUGAGAGAGGUCUGAACUCUGUCAGCCAUGAGUCAGACGAGGACUUGCUGGAGGAGGCCCUGCCAGAGGAGCCGUCCCCUCUGGGAGCUGCUAUCGUGGUGCAGAGCUACCGCCCGGCCCAGGUGACCUGGAGCCAGCUCCCAGAGGUUCUGGAAUCGGGCAUCCUGCAGAGGAUCUCCCCCGAGGAGCGCAAGCGGCAGGAGGCAAUGUUUGAGAUCAUCACUUCUGAGUACUCCUACAUGCACAGCCUGAGCAUCCUGGUGGGCCACUUCAUGAGGUCAGAGGAGCUGAAGGAGACCAUGACUCAGACAGAGCACCACCACCUCUUCUCCAACAUCGGGGACAUCCUGACAGUCAGCACGAGCUUCUUUGAAGACUUGGAGAAGCGACACCAGGAGCACCUCCUGAUCCCUGACAUCAGUGACAUUGUGGAGGAACACGCCUCGAAGCACUUCAACCCCUACAUCAGCUACUGCUCCAAUGAAGUCUAUCAGCAGAGGACACUGGAAAAGCUGCUCACCACAAACCCCUUAUUUAAAGACACCCUGAAACAAAUUGAAAGGAAGCCAGAGUGUGGAGGCCUGCCAAUGAUCUCAUUUCUCAUUCUGCCCAUGCAGAGGGUAACACGGCUUCCUCUGCUCUUAGAUACUGUCCAGCAAAAAACAAACGCGCGCACUGCAGCGUACGGAGCUGCCACCCGUGCUGUGAAGGCCAUCAGCAAGCUGGUCAAGAGCUGCAAUGAGGGAGCUCGGGCUAUGGAGAGGACAGAACAGAUGUACACCUUGCAGAAACAGCUGGAAUUCGGGAAGAAGAAGCCUUUCCCGCUGAUCUCGGUGUCCCGGUGGCUGCUGAAGCGGGGGGAGCUGCACCUGCUGCUCUCGGAGGAGGCCGGGAUCUUCCGCCGCGGCGCCGGCCGCCUCUGCCACCUCUUCCUGUUCAACGACGUCCUGAUCAUCACCAAGAAGAAGAGCGAGGAGAGUUACACGGUCAUGAACUACGCCACGCUGGACCAGGUCACCGUGGAGAAGGUGGAGAGCUCAGACCCACCCUCCCCUCCUCCUGGCAAGGCUGGUGGGCACCUGCUGCGAGUGGUGCUGGAGAAGGACAGCGAGGGCCGGCGGGAGGAGGUGGUGCUGUCAGCAGAGACGCUGAGUGACCGGGCCCGGUGGAUCGCGGCGCUGAUGCACAGGGAGAAGGAAAAGCCUGACACCACUCCCAAAGGAGACCUGAGCCAGGUGGAGAUCACCCGUGCCUACCUGGCCAAGGAGGCAGAUGAGCUGUCCCUGCAGCAGGCAGAUGUUGUCCUGGUGCUGGGGGGAGAGGACGGCUGGUGCUGGGGGGAGCGUUUGCGGGACGGGGAGCGGGGCUGGUUCCCCCAGGCCUGUGCCCGGCCCAUCACGAGCCGCGUGGCCGCCGAGGGCAACGUGCGGCGCAUGGAGCGGCUGCGCAUCGAGACCGACGUGUAGGGACAGCCCGGAGGGACCCCUCUGCCUCAGGGACCCCCAGACCUCUGCAGACUGAGCCCGUGGAGAGGAGGCGGCAGCAGAACCUUUCUUCUUGAGCUGUGCUCGCCUCUGGUGGCAGAUCUCAUGGGCCAGGACGGCUCUGCGUGGCAGCUGUGACACAGCAGCUCCCUCGGUGAGAGCUGGCGCCGGGCGCUCCUGGCAGCGCUGGCACUGGUGACCCGGAACAGGCUCUGGGAGCAGCCGAGGGCUCGGCUCAGGUUGGAAAACUGGAGCUGUUGUGGGCUCUGAAGUGCCCGAGCCACCAUCUCCAUCCCUGCUGGAAGCUGGGCCAGCACCUGCUGCACACCUGGUGUGGGGAGAGCACACCCCGGUCAGGCUUUGUUUAAAUCCAUGUGCUUGGCUUAUUCCUCAACCCGGUUUUUGCUCCCGUUUCUCUUUUUUCUGUCUCUCCCCCCCAACAAUAAUUCUUGGGCCCUUCGGGCAGAGCCGUGCCCUGCACAGGUGAGGUGAUGCCAGACACCUCUGGGUCACUUGAUAAAAUACUUGAUGCCAGAGCUGUUCCCAUGGAGUCAGCUCUGGGGCCAGCAAUGGGAUUAUGCUCCACGCAGAGGGGGAAGCAGGGGCAGGAUGAGGAGCAGUCCUGCAGCUCCCAGCUGCCUUUUCCUCCUCCGAGCUGGGGGGGCUCUGCCCCGGGGCUCAGCCCCUCACACCCUGUGCAGGGGACAUGGCAGCUAUGAUUUUGGGGUGAGCCAGCCCCAUACACUGCCAACUUCACAUUGACAGGGGCAGCGUUGAUGUAAGGUCUGUUCUGAUCAAAAUGUUCAACUGUAAAUUAAGGUAACAAUAAAUUCUUGGAUACCAAUGAACUCUGUUAGUGCUGAGUGUCCCUGAGCAUGACAGCUCCAAGGAGCCAGGUUGUCCCAACCAUGAACCCUAAAAUGAAGCUUCAUUCUGCUUCUGGCAUUGCAUGUUCUGACACAAGAUGUACACCUCAUGAAACACCCUCCAGAGCCCCUGCCAGCCUGCUGUCACCUGGAGCAGCUGUCAGGUGCAUUUGACUGAGACAGACAAGAUAAGUAGAAACACAGCCAGGCUUUCUGUUUAUUUCUUUUAACUGUGGAGAAAAUAACAUUUUUCAUCAGUGCUAAAUUAAAGAAGAGCCAAAAAGGGAGACAGUACAAGAAAAGAGGAAGCAAACAAACUGGAUUAAGAAAUAUGAACAGGAAAAGAA